AUGGAGAAACUCGGUUCCCAUCACAGCAGCUAUUCGUACUGGCAUUGUGCCGAAUAUGUGAACCCAUCGCCUUCAUGUCGAUUUUCCCGUCUACUUGGAACAGCGAUCAGCAUGAUUGUAUUUGGAUUCGCAUCAAGCCUCCCGAUUGCUCUACUUGCUCGUGCUCUUGGAGGGCUUCUCAACGGUAAUAUUGGUGUCCUACAAACGACGGUGGCGGAACUUGUCACAAAAAAAAAGCAUCAACCGCGAGCUUACUCUAUUAUGCCUUUCGUUUGGUGCCUCGGCUCGAUCGUUGGACCAGCGAUGGGCGGAGCUUUGGCUCAACCAUGCGAUAACUACCCCCGUUUUUUCCCUCGCAAUACGAUAUUUGACCGUUACCCGUUUUUACUUCCAAACUUGGUGUGCGUUGUUAUUUUAUGUUUUGGAAUUACCAUCGGUAUCCUCUUUUUACAAGAGACCCAUCCGGAGAAGAAGUUCCAUCGCGAUAGAGGCAUCGAGCUAGGGCGUUGGCUACUUGGCGUAUUUUACACAAGGCCAAUUCCGGCUCAAACACCUGGUGUGGAAUUUAAAGCUCCAAUACAGCCCGAUGAAAUUCACGUUUUGGCAGAUCAUCAACAGUUGCCACCUGGAUACCGAAGCAUCGAAAGUUCACCCCGCUUGAUUUCCGUUAAAGUGCCAGGUGGAAAUUUUAACAUUAAUCCGCCGCCUAAGCAGAGCCGGGCCUUUGUCAAAGUAUUUACGCCAAGAGUUACUUUUGUCAUAUUGAGCUAUGGCAUCCUUGCAUACCACAGCGUUUCGUUUGAUCAGCUGAUGCCGAUUUUCCUCAGUACACCAAUCUCGGACGUCAAAGCCGAGCUCCCUUUCAAAUUUAAUGGAGGGAUGGCCAUGUCAACAAAGAAGAUCGGAUUCAUGCUUGCGGUACAAGGGUUUUAUUCAAUGUUAGCUCAACUUUGGUUCUUCCCUUAUGUUGUCGGCUAUUUCGGGACCCUUUCUACCUACCGUUUCGUCCUCUGUAUCUGGCCAGCACUAUAUUUGGUUGUCCCUUACCUGGUGCUGCUUCCUGGCGGACUUCAGAUACCCGCGGUUUAUGCAGUGUUGAUUGCCAAGAUAACACUGCAUGUGAUUGCUUUCCCUUCAACGAACAUCUUACUCGCUAACUCAGCCCCCUGUACAACGGUGCUGGGUGCUAUUAAUGGCGUUGCAGCUUCGACCGCCAGUCUGAGUCGCGCAUUUGGACCUACUGUGACAGGCUAUUUACAUUCGAAGGGGCUUGAGUGGGGCUACUCCGGUCUUUCUUGGUGGGCUUGUGGUAUCGUCUGCUUCUUUGGGGCUGUCGAGAGCUUUUGGAUCGGAGAAGACGAACGAAGGGAAACCAUCCUAUCCGAAAAGAUCUGUAAAGAUGAGUGUGACGAUGGUCUCUAUGACGAGCGAGAAGCAUUCCUCCCCAGAGAGUCCUCUGUGGAACACCUUACAUCGCUACUUGUUCGAGCCUCCGGGAAUAGCCGACUGAAACAUGAGUGCAUUGCGAAUUCGCAGUCAAGUCUCGAUGAUAUCGAGACACUCAACCUUGAUUUGGACGCCUCCAAAUCGCCAUAUUCCAGGGUAACAAUUAUUUAA